AGGGAGGCGAGGAGGGAGUUUGUAACAUCCUGAUAUUUUUGGACACCGUCACCAAUUUAGCCACGGCACCGCCAGAGCGCGGGACGCGCUGCGCGUCACAUGCUGCUGCUGCUGCUCGACCGCUGCCCUCUCUCUCCCUCGUCUCUCUCACGCGCGAGCGCCGCUCGCUUGCGCUGCUGUUGCUGCCUGCGCUGCUGCUGCAGCGCCGAGCCCGCGCACGGCCACCUGCCCGCGUGCCUUGCGCCGUCACCUGCUAUGGCCGCCCCUGGCCCUGCUGACCUCCGCGCCGCUCCGCCCCACCGCCGCCUCGCCUCGACGGCAAGAACGACGCCGCCACCGCCGCCUCCACCACGGCCACCGCGGACAACUCAUCUCCGGCCAUCUCCCGACGCGCCGAGCACCUCCCAAGAGUUGACAGAGUCGUCGCGGUCGGUGGCGCUAGGAUUCAGCGGCGGCGGCGGCCGUGGUGAGAGCAACGCGGCGACGGACAUUACUGCAGGUCCUGCUUGGUGAGACGCCCGAACCCGACUAUGGCUGUUUAGUUCGCGGAAAUUUUUGGAUAUGGGUACUAUAGUAUAUUCGUUGCUAUUUAGUAAUUAAUGUUCAAUUAUGAAUUAAUUAAGUUUAAAAAAUUUGUCUUGUUAUUUACA